AUGACGUUCGCAAUGUCAAAGACAUUUUGUGAAGAUAAACCGAAAAGCCACCAGGUUUAUGAAUUGUAUCCAAAUAAAUUCUUGAAAUUGGAUGAAUCACGCGUUUAUGUAUUGAAUACACUAUUCAAUUUGCCGGAGACUUAUUUAUUAGCUUGCCUAGUAGACUUCUUUACAAAUAGUUCAGUUUAUGAGAGAGAGAAAACUGGUGUUAAUGCUGGAGAACUUUUCAUGUCUUUUAAGUCAAUUUUCCAAGAUGUUCGUCGUGCUGUAGACUGGGUGCAUUUACAAGGAGAUUUAAAAAAGAAAACUACCGAAAAUUUGGAUUACUAUGUCAAAAAAGAUGUACGCUUACCCAUGGUACUUUCGCGUAUACGUGAAUCAGGCGCCAAAGUAUUUUUACUCACCAACAGCGACUAUAAUUUUACUGAUAAAAUAAUGACAUAUUUAUUUGAUUUUCCACACGGCGCAAAAUCCGAAGAACCUCAUCGGAACUGGAAGACAUAUUUCGAUGUAAUUGUUGUAGAUGCACGUAAACCACUAUUCUUCGGAGAAGGCACCAUAUUACGACAGGUCGAUACUACCACAGGUGCAUUAAAAAUUGGUACACACAUUGGUCCAUUACAACAGGGUGAGGUCUAUUCAGGUGGAUCGUGUGAAGUAUUUACAUCGUUCAUAAAUGCCAAAGGCAAAGAUGUACUCUAUAUUGGUGAUCAUAUAUUUGGUGAUAUAUUAAAAUCGAAAAAGAUACGUGGUUGGCGUACAUUUUUAAUUGUACCAGAAUUAGUACAGGAAUUACACGUUUGGACAGACAAAUGUCAAUUCUUCGCAGAGCUACAACAGUUAGACGUUAUGUUAGGUGAUAUGUACAAAAAUCUUGAUUCAAGCACCAAAGAAAAACCAGAUAUUUCCAAAUUACGUACUUCCAUACGUGAUGUGACACAUAAAAUGGACUUGGCUUAUGGUAUGAUGGGUUCAUUAUUCCGUUCUGGUUCACGUCAGACAUUCUUCUCCAGCCAAGUAGUCAGAUAUGCAGAUUUAUAUGCAGCUACUUUUCUCAAUCUGAUCUAUUAUCCAUUUUCCUAUAUGUUCCGCGCACCAGCAAUGCUUUUACCACAUGAAUCCACAGUGGCACACGAACAACGUUUCCAAAUGGAAGCACCAAUGAUACAAAGGUCACGUUCAAAAAUUGAAAACACAAACAGCAUACAAAAUACGAGCGCUAUUGAUGCAGAACUGGCUAGUGCUAGUGCUAGGGCAGUUGGUGCUUUUACGCCAGUAACAAGUGAUGUAGCACUUGCUGAAUCAGAAACAACAGUGCCGCAUACGCGUCCAUCAACACCACGCACAGUAACACAUACACAUGAUGAGGACUAUUCAGAGGAGGAAUCUGAUCCAAAUAACAAAACUGAAGAUCAGCGUGAUCGUGACACUGAUGACAGUUAAACGGUUUAAAUGGAUUCAGUAAUUGACCGAAUCGCUUUUGUUGAGCCUUUGUUGAAGAAUCUUUGAGAGAUUCCAUUGUUGAAGUUUGCAUGUCAGCUGAGCAAUACGCAAACUAAUUAAAUUUUCAAGAGAUUCAAAUUUUGUAAUUGAAAA